UUCAUCUUAACUUGUUAAUGGCGAAUCUGCUCUAUCUUCAGCUUUCUUCUCCUUCUGCUUCACGUUUAGCCGCUGGCUUUAGACGAAGAGGCUGUUGUAUGAAUUGCGAGAUUGAAAGUAUCGCGACCCGCGAUUCCUUCGAGUGCCACGCUUCUCGCGGUCGGUUCAGAUUCCGCGACGAAGGGAGUAUAAGUUGGAUGCUUGCACCCAUCGGCAUAUCUUUGCUUCUUGGAACAGAUUCAAACGCUGGUUUAAUGGCAUUAGCAGUUCCUUUAGUGCAAUCCGUGUUGUCCCUUGCGUUUAGUAAGGUCUUGAGCAGGCCAAACAUUAGACCUAUGGAAAGAAGCAGAAGAGACUCCUUUUCGAGAACAAGGAAAGCUAGGCAAGAAGAAAACAUGGGUGGUGGUGUGGAUAAGGGAGGAUACAAGUCAUGGAUGGUAGGAGAUACUGAUUCUGACAGCACAGGUUCUAGUUAUGGCGGAUGGGAUGAUCUAGACAAGCGAAGGGAGUUUAGAAAUGAAAACCCUUCAAACGAGGAUGUUCGUCCAAGGCAACAGUUUAAAAGACAAUCUAGUCGGCGGUGGAGAGUUAAGGAGAAGCCGUUGCUGUUGAGGAUGCUAAUUGCUGCCUUCCCCUUUUUGAGUUCAUGGACCAAAUUGCUAUAU